AGCUCCUCGGCUCAUACUGUGAACCACAACUUUGAAGGCUGUACCGCCAAUGGCCGCUUUUAAAAAACAAGACAAACAAACAGAGGAAAAAACAAAUAGGAGGUCUAGGUGACUGGAGCGGAAUUCAACCAGGAGCUCUGUGCGUAAAAAGCGCAGCGGUUCUCUUUCUGCGCGCAACCUUUUCUUUUUGAUUCCUACUAAACAGUUUCGGAUUUUAACCCGUGCGGGACUGAGCACAUUAUGUUAAAAAUGACAGAGGAACACGACAAGUGUGUCAACGACCAGCCGUGCAGCCCAUCAGGGACAAACAGCUCCAUGUCUCAGGAUGAGUCCGACUCCGACGCGCCGUCCUCUCCAGCGGGUUCGGACGGACAGGGAUCCCUGCUCAGCGGCUUGGGCAAGAAGCUGGAUUCCGAGGACGAUGAACGCUUCCCAGCCUGCAUACGGGACGCGGUCUCACAGGUUCUGAAGGGAUACGAUUGGUCUCUAGUCCCGAUGCCGGUAAGAGGCAACGGAUCUCUGAAGAACAAGCCGCACGUCAAGAGACCUAUGAAUGCGUUCAUGGUUUGGGCACAGGCGGCCCGCAGGAAGCUGGCGGAUCAGUAUCCACAUCUGCACAACGCUGAGCUGAGCAAGACACUGGGGAAACUCUGGCGCCUGCUUUCUGAAAGCGAGAAGAGGCCCUUUGUAGAUGAAGCUGAGAGACUUCGGGUUCAACACAAAAAAGAUCAUCCAGACUAUAAGUACCAGCCACGGCGACGGAAGAAUGUCAAACCAGGCCAGAGCGACUCAGACUCAGGGGCAGAGUUGACACAUCCCAUGUAUAAAGCAGAGCCAGUGAUGGGGGGACUGGCAGGGAUGCCUGAUGGACACCCCCACUCUGAGCAUGCAGGCCAGCCUCAUGGACCACCUACACCACCCACCACCCCCAAAACAGAUCUCCAUCAUGGAGUUAAGCAGGACCUGAAGCACGAAGGCCGCCGCCUUGCCGACAGCAGCAGGCAAAACAUUGACUUCAGCAAUGUGGACAUCAGUGAGCUGAGCACUGAUGUCAUCAGCAACAUGGAGACCUUUGAUGUUCAUGAGUUUGACCAGUACCUCCCGCUGAACGGGCAUGUGUCGGGCUCCUCUGCCUUAUCCUCAGACCACAGUCACGGAUCGGUUGCAGUUCCAGGAGGCUCCUAUGCUUCCUCCUACAGCAGCGGGGCUUCAUCCUGGAGCCGAAAGUGCGCCAUGUCCUCCACAUCUCCCCCCACUGGCGAGGUUGGCCAGCACCGUCUCCAUAUAAAAACAGAGCAGCUGAGCCCAAGCCACUACAGUGAGCACUCCCAUGGGUCACCGUCGCACUCUGAUUACAGCUCCUACAGCAGCCAAGCUUGUGUCACCACUGCCACUUCUGCCGCCUCGGGUGCUACCUCUUUCUCUAGCUCCCAGUGUGACUAUACUGACCUGCAAAGCUCUAACUAUUACAGCCCUUACUCUGGCUACCCCUCCAGCCUUUAUCAAUACCCUUACUUCCACUCAUCCAGGCGGCCCUACAGCAGCCCAAUCCUAAAUAGUCUAUCCAUGGCUCCUGCCCACAGCCCCACUGCCUCCACUUGGGACCAGCCCGUCUACACCACUCUGUCUCGACCUUAAAGUGGACCAGAAAAAAAUCAGUUUGCACCAGAGACUCAUUCAGUAUGAUGCACUACUAAUGAAGGACAUAAGGCAAAAGUGAAGAGAUGUAUGAAGGGGCCUGUAGGGCCACCUGCGACCAUUUGAACGUGAAACAAACAGAAAAAAGUGCCUGCUGAUUUUAUACAAAGUUCUAUCAUUGCCAAGAAAAAAAACAAACCCACACACUUGUACAGAGUUUUUACACAAAAAGAACUUGUGUUGAUGGAGAGCCAAACUCCUCCGUGAGGACAUGUUACUUAAGCUGACAUCUUGUACAUCCCUGUCCUUCUCUGAAGUUGCAAAAGUGAACCUUUAAGGAGCGGGAGCAGAACCACUGCAGAAUCCUGCAGGAAUGAAAAACUUUGGCUAACAGGAUGAGUUAUGUCGAAGCUGCAGUAAAAUUUACAUGAAUGGCCGGGGCUAUAUAUCGCAGCACACUAUUUGCAUCAGUGAAUCCGCCUUAAAAAAAAAAAAUAAGGCUCAUCUGAAUUUUGUGUCAUUUUGCAUAAUAAGUCUUAUAAGUAUUUAUGUUUAUGCAUUAUUGAAUUUUUGUUUUUGAAUAGAUACACAUUCUACACGUGGGUUCUUUUUGGUUAUUUAGAGUACUGUUUUAUUGACUUAAAUGAAAGGAGGUAAAUGAAAUAAAGCACCAUGCAUUUAAUAUUCCGUUGAAUUUCCAGAAGGAUCCUCAUUCCAAGUUUGGGAGCAAACAGACAGGACCAACAGACUCUCGCACAGGACUCAGAACAGGUGUCUGAAAUCUAUGCUUGGCAAAUCGCGAUUAGUCAUGAUGCAGGCUUAAAGGAAAUGGGGUAAAACAACACCACACGCUGAGUGACACGUCAGCUGGACCUCCUAUACGUGUCCAUGGGCAAGACAAGAAUACGUUCACGAUUGUGGAUCCAUGUGUGUUGAGAGAGAUAAUGUGCAGAUGCAUGUGUGAGCCCAUUUUCUUCGGGGACUGAAUAUAUAUCCCAUGACAUAAUCAUAAUACACAGAAAAUGAUACAGAAAACAUCUUUUUCUUUCUUUAUCUGCUGACAGUAAAAUUAAGUGUAACUGUUUUCCCAUAUUUAUUUUAAAAAAUCAUCAAAAGACAAUUUUAUUGCUGCAUAAAAAUAUGUGCCUUCUAAUGCCUAUUGUCAGUAUUUUGAAAUGAAAUUGAAUUUUUAACUAACACAUGGUUCACUCCAGAGACUCAUUCCAAACGUUAAUAGUUUAAUAUCGUUCCCUUAAGGACCAGUUUGCAAAAUUAAAAUAGAUGAUAACAGCAUUUUUUUUUAUAUAUAUAUAUAUCAUUUUGGUGUAUCAUUUAGGAAAAAAGGCUCUGAAAAUGAUUGUCCUAUUAACCACUUUUACACGCACAUGCAUAUCUAACUCCUUUCCGCUGGCCGUUUUAAAAAUAAAAUAAAUACUUUUUCUUGAUGUUUUUUUUCGUUCCUCUGAUUUCCAUUCUUCACUACAUCCAGUUCAAUCCUGUGCUUUUUUUGUGUUCAAAUAUAUUUGGAAGGAAAUGUGAAGAAAACUAUAAUAAAAUGAAAAACAU